AUUAUAUUUAUAAAAAUACUAAGGUGUAUAACCCACCACGCACUAAAGUAGCAUCACGGGUCUAGCCGUCAGCUUUUUAAUAUCUAAUCUCUAACAAACAUUUAUUUGAUAAUCAACUUUACUUUACAAUACUCAUAUGUAUACCUACAUUUAAGCCUAUUAUAGUGAUAUCAGAAUAAAGAAUAAUCUUACGUUUAAAAAACUAAUAUUUCCAUUUAUAAGAACAAUAAAAAUUGUCGUUUUUUAUACGAUUUUGAUUUAAUCACAUAUAACGGUAGAGUUACGUGUUACGUUCAGAAAUAAUGAAGUCCUUACUCGUGUUUAUAUUGGUCUAUUCAGAAACGGUUUGUCAGUUCCCGCCCAAGAUCGUGAAUACUGAACAUUUGCUUCUAGCAAAAAGGAUGACGAUGUUAGUUGGUGACAUAAUCCAAGAUACUACGUGGAGGAUAUCCCUCCUUGACACCAUGCAGAAGGCGAACUCGGACAAUGUAGCAUUCGAAGUGGGAUACCUGACCCACAUCAUACAGGACAGAUACAGGCGCAUGAUAGACAUGUAUAAGACAUGCCACUCCAUCAGGACGAGGCUCUACAUAAUGGAACUUAUAAUAUACUUGCACGACAUAGAACAGAUAUACUGGGAGAUCAACCACUUAACCAACAUGCUGCAUGAGAUAGAGAGGAAGUACAAUCACGUGGACACGACCACGUUCAGAUACGGUGCUUGGGACGGCACGGGCGACGACAACACGACGAUGGCGUCCAAGGACAGGGAGGAGGUUGAGCAUGUGACGCUUGUCACCAAAGGGAAGAAGAAGAGCAGAUUUGUUAUGGACAAGUACAUCAAGGAAGGCUGGUGGUCCACAAAGAGGACCAAGAAGAAGCACUUCUGGAAAAUGGACUACGGGUGGGACGAGGGUAUAGCUGACUGGUGGUGAAAGGGGGAUUGUUAAUUUGUU